AAUAAUGCUUCAUAUUCUGACUCUGAUGCUCUCUCUCAUUCUCUGAAAGCAAGAAAAUGGGGAACUCAUUGGUAUGUUUCUCACCAUCACACAAGAAACCCAACAACAACAACAACUUCAACAGAGAGCCGUCCAAACGCUCACCAUACUCUUCACCUUUCUUGUCCUCCAUUGCUAGCACUAGAAGAUCAAACGGUUCAAGCAAGAAGAAAGAGAUGCUUGCGGAUGAUUUGCUGCUUCAACAGCAAGCAAUAGAGGCUGUUCUGCUGUUCCAGAACCACCAGAAGAACGCUUCAUCGAUACCGCUUAACCGAUCCACUUCCGUGGUUUAUCCCUCUCCUGGCCAACAGAAUCAGAGCUUUACAAAAAGCUCCAGCUCUAGGCAACGUUUGCGUUCGGAUGCUGUCAGCUUUCAGCCCCUAGAGCUUGUUGAUAAGCAGGAUGUAAAGACUGAUGGUCUGGAAACCAAUCAUUUCAUCCUUGUUCAUGGAGGUGGCUUUGGUGCUUGGUGUUGGUAUAAAAGCAUGACACUUUUAGAAGAAAGUGGGUUCAAAGUUGAUGCAGUUGACUUGACAGGUUCUGGAGUUCACUCCUUCGAUACCAACAGCAUUACAAGUCUUGCACAAUAUGUAAAGCCACUCACUGACAUCCUUGAGAAACUUGGGGAUGGGAAGAAGGUAAUUCUGGUUGGACAUGACUUUGGUGGCACAUGUAUCUCAUAUGUAAUGGAGUUGUUUCCAUCAAAAAUUGCAAAAGCCAUAUUCAUUUCUGCAGCAAUGUUAGCUAGUGGGCAAAGUGCUCUCAAUCUGUUUGCUCAACAGACGGGGUCGAAUGAUCUGAUGCGACAGGCUCAGAUUUUCUUGUAUGCCAAUGGGAAGGAUCAACCUCCAACAGCCAUUAAUCUUGACAAAAAAUUGGCUGAAGACUUAUUGUUCAAUCAAAGUCCUGCAAAGGAUGUUGCAUUAGCAUCAGUGUCCAUGAGGCCAAUCCCUUUUGCACCAGUGACAGAGAAGCUCUCUCUUUCCGGCACGAAUUACGGCUCUGUCAGGCGGUUCUUCAUAGUCACUCAAGAAGAUCAUGCCAUAAGCGUUCCUCUACAGGAGACCAUGAUCGAAUUAAACCCUCCGGAACAAGUUUUCCGGCUUAAGGGCUCUGAUCAUGCACCUUUCUUCUCAAGGCCACAGGCUUUGCACAGGAUAUUAGUAGAGAUAUCCCAGAUUCCUCCAAUUUAGGCAUGAGCUGAGCUGCCAUUACACCAGAUAUAGCAUGUUCAACAAUGCAGCACAUAAUAAGUCAAGUGUUCAGUGUAUUGAGGUUUAUUUUCCUGUCACCGCAUAUAGAAAGUGUACAUAUAUUUUUGUGUGCUUCACUUCUGUACAUCCAGCUAAUAUUUAUAACAGCAAAAAUAUUUAUGGUAAAUUACUUGAAAACAAGGGGUAGCUUAGAAGCAUCAUGUGAA